AUGUCGCACCGAAAGUUUUCGGCGCCGAGACAUGGUCAUAUGGGAUUCACUCCCAAGAAGCGCUCCAGGACUUACCGUGGAAGAAUAAAGGCCUUCCCCAAGGACGAUAAGAACAAGCCAGUUCAUCUUACCGCCUUCCUUGGAUACAAGGCUGGAAUGACCCACAUCGUUCGUGAUGUCGAUAAGCCAGGAUCCAAGGUUAACAAGAAGGAGGUUGUUGAAGCUGUCACCAUCAUCGAGACUCCACCAAUGGUUAUCGCUGGAGUUACCGGAUACAUCGACACUCCACAUGGACCACGUGCUCUUACCACCAUCUGGGCCGAGCACUUGUCGGAGGAGGCUCGCCGUCGUUUCUACAAGAAUUGGGCCAAGUCUAAGAAGAAGGCUUUCACCAAGUACGCUAAGAAAUGGCAAGAUGAGGACGGAAAGAAGGUCAUCGAGUCUGAUUUCAACAAGUUGAAGAAGUACUGCUCGUCCAUUCGUGUGAUCGCUCACACUCAGAUGAAAAUUCUCAACCGUCGCCAGAAGAAGGCUCAUUUGGUCGAAAUCCAAGUUAACGGAGGAACCAUUGAGCAGAAGGUUGACUGGGCUCGCGAACAUCUUGAGAAGCAGGUUCCAGUUGACACCGUCUUCUCCGUUGACGAAAUGAUCGACACUAUUGGUGUUACCAAGGGUCAUGGAUUCAAGGGAGUCACCAGCAGAUGGCACACCAAGAAGCUUCCUCGCAAGACCCACAAAGGUCUCCGCAAGGUUGCCUGUAUUGGAGCCUGGCAUCCGUCUCGUGUUGCCUUCACUGUCGCUCGCGCCGGUCAGAAGGGAUACCAUCAUCGCACCAUCGUCAACAAUAAGAUCUAUCGCAUCGGAAAGUCUUGCCUCAGCGAGGAAGGAAAGCACAACGGAUCUACUGACUUUGAUCUUACCGAGAAGACCAUCAACCCAAUGGGAGGAUUCCCAAGAUACGGAUUGGUCAACCAAGAUUACGUUAUGCUCAGAGGAGCCAUUAUUGGACCAAAGAAGCGCCUUAUCACUCUUCGCAAAUCUUUGAUUACCCAAACCAAGCGAUUCGCUCACGAGAAGAUCAACCUUAAAUGGAUUGACACCAGCUCCAAGACCGGCCACGGACGCUUCCAAACUACUGCCGAAAAGCGCGCUUUCAUGGGAAAACUCAAGCGCGACUUCUUGGCUGAGCAGGAGGCAAAGGCUUAA